AUUUGAUAAGCUGUCAACGCAAUAUGUAUGAUAGAAAUAGCUAGAAAUUUAUACCGAUAAUAUCGCAAUUACAUUUAACUAUAAUAAGUUUGGAAUUAUUUGUGAGAUAUGUAGACUAAAGCAAGAGAUAUUUGAAUAUCAGCUAAGGAAUGUAGGAUCUUGUUCAGGUUCGUUUAUGAAGUUCUUGGGAUUAGUUCUAGUGGGUGUAGCAUCAACUGCAGUAGCAUCUUUCUGUCCUGCUUUCUCUCAUUAUGAGGAAGUAAAGAGUAAAGAGAACCCGUUCAAUCAGUUAAGUUCAGAUGAAUUCAGCAAAGCUUAUCAAGUAAUUUAUGACAAAUUCAAUUUGACUAGCUUAGAAGAUGCUGGUCCAACUGACAAUUACGUUGAAAUGCUCACUCUCAAUCCACCUAAGAAGUAUGAGACAUUAGGGUACCUAAAUGAUGAUGGCGAUAAGCCAGAUAGAUACGCGAAAGUGCUCAUUGCACAUGGUGUUGAUAGUGAUCCUACAAUCAAAACCUACAAUGUUGGUCCACUCAAUGGUGAUGACAAUGACAUUCAAGUACACACUACAAACGCUUCACCAAUUCCAUUCAACAGUCGUAGAACGAAAGCACACAAGGAUAAAAUGUUGGAGAAGGUUUUCAUAUAUUAUGCUCUCGCUCCAAUAGGUUCUAUUAUUGAGGAUUUACUUGGGAAGCCAUGGAAUCUGGAAGAGUAUAUGUAUCUGGAUCAACGUGCUAACCUUGACGGCGAUAAGAGAUUAAGGUGGUUAGAGUUAUCCCAAAAACCUGAUGAUUCAGCAUUCUGGGGUGGAUUCACUGGUUUUCAUGUUCUCUUUGACUUCACUGGUCAAAAGUUCUCUGAUUGGAAGGUGCUCAAAGUUGUAUACGAUGAUAAGGUCUGGAGAGGCCUUGAAGACUUUAAGAACGACUAUGAUAAUGGAAAGAUCGCCAAGACGCUUCCUCAAUUCACAGAGAAGCAGUUAGCUCAUUGGACACGUCGUCGUCCAGAUGUUCCCGUCAGAGAUCUCGAAAAUCGUACGACGCCUACGAGUUUAUCAAAAGAUGGACUUAGAUAUAGGUUAGAUGAGGAAGAGAACUACGUUAGCUGGCUCAAUUGGGGAUUCUUCUUUUCACACAAUCCAGAAACUGGAAUUAGUAUCCAUGAUUUGAAAUUUAACGAUAGAAGAAUUGCCUAUGAGAUUAGUUUACAAGAAGCAGUCUCACACUAUUCGUCAAAUUCGCCAACUAAUGCUAAUUCCGCGUUACUGGAUAGAGGUAUCGGUCUUGGAGAGAAGCUUACUCCUCUUAUGAAAGGAUACGAUUGCGCAGAGGAAGCAACCUACCUUUCGACCCGCAAUUGGAAUGGUACUCAUGAUGUUGUCACUCCAAAUACCGUCUGUAUAUUCGAAAUGCCACUUCUUCAACCUAUCUCUAGACAUUACGGUUUAGAAGAUGCAUCAGCCAACAAAGCAUCUAAAUUAGUCAUUAGGAGUAUAAGUACACCCGGAAACUACGAUUAUCUCAUUGAUUAUGCAUUAUUCCCUGACGGUACGAUUGAAGUCUCAGCUGCAGCUUCGGGAUAUCUCCUUCAAUCUCACAUUUCAAAAGGUGGUGAUGAUUUCGGAACGAGGGUAUCAGAAACUACAGCUGGUAACGUCCACGAUCAUGUGAUUCUCUUCAAAUUCGACUUGGAUAUUCUUGGUGAAAGCAACACACUUGUUGAGAAGAGUAUAGAUGUUGAGGAGAGGAAAUUCUUUUGGCAAGAUGAUGAUGAGGAGGGUUAUGAGUCAAAAAUUAUCAAAUCACGUAACAUUGAGCAAGAAAAGGCUAUGAAUUGGCCAUAUAAUUACGAUCGCUGGCUUUUACUUUCAAACCUUGAUAAGAGGACUAGUUUGGGUUAUAACCCAGCAUAUCGUAUCAUGCCAUCAACUUCUGUAAUUCAUGAUACUCCUGGUACACAAUCACGUAUGAAGCGUAACGCCGUUUUCAGUCGUGAGCAUGUCUACGUGACAAAGUAUAACGAGGAUGAAGAAUCUGCUAGCUCAGUAUAUAACAUGAUUUUGCCAAAUGAUCCACCAGUUGAUUUCAGCACUUUCUUGAAUAAUGAAGAUAUCGUACAGGAAGAUCUAGUAUUAUGGGCUAACGUUGGUAUGCAUCAUCUACCACGAGCAAGUGACGUCCCUACAACACUCUUCCUUGAGACGAAAUCUGGUAUUAUGUUAUCACCAUUCAAUUAUGGUGAUGAGGAAUUCUCUAGAGAUUUGACUAACGCUAUUUAUGCAACUAUCGAUAAUGUCACGGAUGAAAUAACUUCUGUUAAAGUAUACAAUAAUGCAGAUAACUGUGGAAUUGAUCCAUUUUCAGCUUAAUAACGACAAAUUUUGUAAGAACUACGCAAUAG